UUUGCAGUAUCACUUUCGUUAGUUCUCGUAUUAGAAUUGGCAGCUGCAAUUGCAGCUUAUGCUCUUCAAGAUGGAAUAAGGAAUCUUCUUGCCGAGAAAAUUAAUGUUACUAUGCAUCAAUAUGGGAAGAAUGAAGAAGCUACGGAAGCUAUCGAUUUUCUACAAUCGAAACUUUAUUGUUGCGGAUACAAUGGAUAUAAAGAUUGGGAAGAAAUUAUGAAAGAACAAAAAUUUCCUGUAUCUUGUCAAUCAGAUUUUCCAUCAGAAAACAAUACAUGCAUUUACGACGAUAAAGGCAUUUCAUGUGUUUCCGAAUUUUAUACAACUGGAUGUAUAAAAAAUCUUUCAAUCAUUAUUCAUAGGAGUGCACUUUAUAUCGGUACUGGAGCUGUAGCUAUUGCACUUAUUCAGUUAACGGGAAUAAUAUUUGCCUGUAUGUUAGGCAAAGCAAUAAGAAGACAAAAAACAGAAAGGGAGAGACGUAAAUGGGAAUUAAGGGAAAGUUUAGUCAAUGGUUACCAACCAUUAGGAAAAUCAGAUCCUUUCACUACGUUUCCCGUUGUUUAUAUGUCUUCUGAUUCUUUGAAGAAUUUGUAGGAUUUUUUAAUUUUAUUAAUUCUUAACGAAAUAAUCUUAUUUAAAGUAAUACUUUAUAAUUUCUUAAAAAUCUUUAAAAAUCGAUAUUUUUAUUUUGUACAAAAAUUGUUUUCCUUCCCUUUACGUUUUUUUUUUUUUAAUUAAAAUUAAUUUCUAUAUAUUAUUUCAAAUUUAAUAUUUUCUUAAAUAUUAUAGAAAUUUGUAUUGUUUAUAUAAAAAUAUAAAUGUAGGUAAUAUAUAAUAUAUAUUACAUAUGUAUAUAUAAAAUUAAUAUAUUUCUAUAAUACGUAAUAUAUAAUGUGUAUUUAAAUAUUUUGUACAAAUUAAAUAUAUGUUUUAUUGGAAUAAAUU